AUGGCCGCAGCGUUUGCCGGCAGUGCGGCUCGGGAAGUCGAGAAUCUGCGACCACCCGAGGCAGUCCACCUUGCAGAAGAUGGCACUCGCUACAGAGAGGAUGGCCAACCUCGUCAUGCCCAGUCACAAACUUCCCUUCGAUCGCAGUCCCAGAUUGCUUCCGUUCCUUCACAUACCGGUCAGCCUCCACCUGAUGUCGCGGAUGAAUUAGCUUGGGGUCCCGCGCAUCCCUGUUAUCCUCAUUUCAAUCCACACGUUCCUAUCAAUUCACCAGAAUACCUCACUACACGGGUAAUCCGUAUUCGUCGCGAUUGGAUGAUAAAGGGUGACUUGGCGCCAACUUUUUCAAACCUCUAUCCUGAGAUUUUGGACCCGUUACUUUCGGAACAGGAGUUCCGGAGAGUAGUCGCGACUGUCAACGAUGGUGUGAUCAACGCAUUUGAUCCUUACAGCUUACGAAACUGGGUCGACGGUGCCCUCGGCUUGUUAACCGGCUGGGUAUGGGAUGAUCUGAACGCUCCAAAGGUCAAGGGCUCACUACAAACCGUCGAAUCAUGGCUUGAGAAAUGGAAUCGGGAGGUCGGUGCCAAAGAUGGCGUUUACAUCUGGAGUCUCCGACGCACAGCAUACAUGUCUAUUGAUAUCCAAAUCCCCGACCCCAAGGUCGGAAUUGUUUCCAGCGAAGCACCUUCCUUGCCCGGCACCAGACCCAGUACAGCAGCAGGGCCGGCGAAUUGA